GCCCCCACCUGUGCGGGAAGGCGCCCCCAAAGGAACCCAAGUGGUUGUGGUAACGGCUGCUGCCUUGAACCAAACAAUUGUCUAUUCCAUUGUUUCAGGAAAUGAAGACGGAGUGUUUGCCAUUAACAAUAGAACAGGAGUUAUCUCCAUUCAAAAAUCUCUGGAUUAUGAAACUGCGAGAAAAUAUUUGCUUCGGGUACAAGCUGAUUCCUUAAUAGUAGUCCGUUCUAAUUUGCCAGUGCCAUCCAAAAGCAAUACUGCAAAGAUAUUCAUUGAGGUUCAGGAUGAAAACGAUCAUGCUCCUAUCUUCACGAAAAAAAUUUAUAUAGGAGGUGUCUCUGAAGACGCUAGAAUGUUUUCUUCCGUGAUCAAAGUGAAGGCUCAUGAUAAAGACACCGGCAACUAUAGUGCCAUGCAGUAUAGACUCAUCAUCCCUCCAAUCAAAGAUGGCAAGGAAGGCUUUGUGAUUGAACCCUACACAGGGCUGAUCAAGACAGCAAUGCUGUUCAAGAACAUGCGGCGAUCCUAUUUCAAGUUUCAGGCCAUCGCAACGGACAAUUAUGGAAAAGGGUUGAGCAACAAAUCAGAUGUACUUGUCUCAGUAGUCAACCAGCUGGAUAUGCAAGUCAUUGUGUCAAAUGUUCCUCCUACUCUUGUAGAACAAAGCAAAGAUCAGCUUAUAGGGAUUUUGGAACGCUAUGUUCAAGACCAGAUUCCUGGUGCAAAAGUGGUAGUGGAAUCCAUUGGUGCUCGCAGAUAUGGUGAUGGAUAUUCAGAAGAAGAUUAUUCCAAAUCUGACCUCAUGAUCUAUGCAAUCGAUCCUCAGACAAACCGUGCUAUAAUGAGGAAUGAACUUUUCAAGUUUCUGGAUGGCAAGCUUCUGGAUAUCAAUAAAGAAUUUCAACCAUACCUUGGGCAAGGAGGACGUAUUUUGGAAAUACGAACACCAGAUGUGGUGGCCAAUGUCAAAAAGCAGGCACAAGCUGUGGGCUACACAGAAGGCGCUUUGUUGGCCCUGGCUGUCAUCAUCAUCCUUUGCUGCAUGCCUGCUAUUUUAAUAGUUAUGGUCAGUUACAAACAAUUUAAAGAGAGACAAGCUGAAUGUGCAAAGACAGCUCGCAUCCAGAUGGCUUUACCAGCUGGCAAAUCAGCAAGCAUCCCUGCCAAUAAUCUCUACGAAGAACUGGGUGACAGCACCAUACGUGGAUAUGCACAGCAAGAGCAACAGCAAUUGCUGAGGCCUUCUCUUCUCAGACCUGAGGUACCAUUUUCUUCCUUGUUCUAG